CCUUAAUCUAUAGCUAUCCGGCCAAUUGUUCUUCGGACAAGUAGUGCCGUUCUUUCAAUUGUAUAUUCGACACCUCCACUGCUGUGUUCGUGUCUCCAUCCUAAGCUGUCUAGACGUUAUAACCGACGCGUUCACCCGUCUAAGCUCCGUCCCAGUCUCUCCAUAAAUCGUGUCCCAAAUAUUUGGCACCUGCAAGCAUCCCUCCUGCAGAUAGAUCCACAGUCUCCAGACUUUUUUCUGUAGCCUUCCACAGAUAAAAAGAAAUUUGUACCAGUAUCGUACGCAGGAUCCAGAAGUUACCCGCACGCCGUCUUUAUUGAUUACUAAUAUCUGUGCUAGAAUAGUGAAAUAUAUCACUAGAGCAUCUCCAAAAGCAGUUUUUCACACGUCUAGUUACUCGUGUUAGCUACUUUUCGUGUUUCUAUUUCAACCAACAAUCUUUGUAAACUCACCAGCAUGAACGACGUGAAGAGAAAUUACGCUGAGGUUCUAUCCUCAGAGUCGCCCAUGGGGUCUACACCAGACGCACAUGACGACAAGAAGUUACAUACCAAGCCUGGCAGAAAGCCGAUAGAGACAGAGCCGAAGUCCAAGAGAACGGCCCAAAACAGAGCUGCUCAGCGUGCUUAUAGAGAACGUAAGGAACGUAAAAUGAAGGACUUGGAAGACAAGGUUAAGUCGCUAGAAGACGAAAACAUCAAGGCUACAACAGAAGCAGACUUCUUGAAAGCUCAGGUGGAUAUGUUAAAGAAUGAGUUAGCCAGAUACAGAGGCCACACAGAUUUCUCGGACUUGAAUCUACCUACUAAGGUAGGAAAUUUGUCGAAUCCAAACACAUCCAAGUCUGGCAGCUACAAUUUCAAUUCGGCUUCAUCCACAGCAUCUUCGGCCAAAUCUGCUAAUUCUGUACAACACACAUCUACAUCUUCGUCUUUAAAUGAUAAUUCUCCACGUCAGUUCUCUGUGGACUUUCCAUGGUCCAAGGAUAACUUGAUGAGUCUCAAGAGCGGUACAAACGUAGCCAGCCUGGAGUAUAAUGCCAACCAGCAGGUUCCAGAUUUGGUGAGCGGCUCUUCCUCAUCUACUUCGCCUUUAAAUGAUAACCUCUUGGUUUCGCCAGAUUCGUCUGUAUCCUCAGCUUCUAAUCCAAUUAACGUCAACACAAACUUGGACUUCACAUCGUCUUUUGACGAGCAGUUGGAUCCAUUCUGUGUCAAGUUGAAUGAAGCAUGUGGAACGAAGCAGUGCCCAGUUCCUAAGACUAAGAGAAACGACUCGAGGGUCUCCCAGAGCUCGAUACCCAACCAGUUCAGCUCGCCAUUCUCUAACUUGGUAACACCAACUCCGCAGAACUUAAACGACAUUGACUACUUGAGCGAUCCGUUCUUCAACCAAGUGGGAGAUCCAUUCUCUCUAGACUUCAACACCACUCCAUCGCAUAACAACGAAGAUCCAUUGUCGUUCCUUAAUGACAACAAUUUCGAUGUGUCGUUGGCUUUUGGUGAUCCAAACCCUAGGCAUGGUAAAGAUGAAUUGGACCCUAUAGCAUUGUUGACUACUGAAGAGUCGAUCUAUGAUCCGUUGAAGGAUACUAGCGGAGUGAACGUGAACUUCAACUUCAACGACUUUGUCAAGAGCUCCUUGCCCUCUGAGACAACCCCCAAGGAAAGAAACUAUACUUUGACUGAACCUUCUAUCAAUGAAGAGGUUGCUGAAGAUGACGAUGAUGAUGCUGUGGUGCCGGCUCCUGAACAAACUAUUAGAUGCAGUGAAAUUUGGGACAGAAUCACUGCUCAUCCAAAGUAUACUGAGAUUGAUAUUGAUGGUUUGUGUAACGAAUUGAAGAGUAAGGCUAAAUGCUCCGAAAAAGGCGUGGUGAUUAAUGCUGCCGACGUGAAUCAAUUGUUGGAACAAAGCGCGAUGAAGAGGCGUUGAACAGUAUAUGUUAAUUAUUAAUGCCAAUUCGACACGUUUAAUGAGAUUUUUUCAGUUCGGACCUAAGUGAUAUGUCAUGUACCAUAUUUUCAGACUUUUUGUCGCAGCUUGAUUUUUAGUUCAUGUUCGAUAGCAGUGCUAGUAGACUUUUUUCAUGGCACUUAAUUUAUUCAUAUCCAUAUAUAUGGUAUUUACCUAGAGUUAUAAAAAUAUAAAAACAUCAACUG